AAGAACAAAAAUUUGGAGAAAUCGAUAAAAAUGGCGUCGUGGAAUUCGAUUCCGCUAGAGAUUUCGUAUGAAAUCGUUGGAUGGAUCGCUUUUGCUUCGUGGUCAAUUAGCUUUUACCCACAAUUGAUUUUGAAUUUCCGUAGGAGAAGUGUUGUUGGAUUGAACUUCGACUUCGUGAUGUUGAAUUUGACAAAGCACUCGUCGUAUAUGAUCUACAAUGUCUGCCUCUACUUUAGUCCUGUUAUUCAAAAGCAGUACUUUGACACUUAUGGCGAUAAAGAGAUGAUACCUGUGGCUGCGAAUGAUGUUGCAUUCUCAAUCCAUGCAGUUGUAAUGACAGCUGUUACACUGUUCCAGAUCUUUAUCUAUGAACGUGGACCUCAAAAAGUAUCCAGACUUGCUAUAGGUAUUGUGGUUGUUGUGUGGGCAUUUGCAGCUAUCUGUUUCUUCAUUGCAUUACCUACACACUCUUGGCUAUGGCUCAUCUCCAUCUUCAAUUCAAUUCAGGUCUUCAUGACAUGCGUCAAGUACAUUCCACAGGCAAAGAUGAACUUCACUAGAAAGAGCACAGUCGGAUGGAGCAUCGGGAAUAUUCUUCUUGAUUUUACUGGAGGACUUGCUAAUUAUCUGCAAAUGGUUAUACAAUCUAUUGACCAAAAUUCUUGGAAGAAUUUCUAUGGGAACAUUGGAAAGACUCUUCUAUCACUUAUAUCAAUAUUUUUCGACAUCCUCUUCAUGUUUCAACACUAUGUGUUAUACCCAGAGAAGAAAGCCUCAAAAUCUCUGGAAACUGGUGAGGAAUCGAACGAACCACUCAUUGAUUCUUCUCAUGAACAUGUUUAAAGAUCAGAUUCUCUGGAGAAUAUCAAAGUCAUUAGUUUCAGCCUUCCCACUGUAUAUGUUUAAAUCACAAAAAGGUACAAUACUCUUCAGACUCAUAGAUUAUUAUCCCAUGUUAUUGUCUUAAUAUCAGUUUAAUGUAUCAUUAUCACAGAAACAACAAAUGUAAACAUAUAUUUUAAGAAACAAUAUGAAAGUUA